GUUUCAUACACCGAUUCUGGGGUGUUGGCUUGUUGAAGCUCUCUUGUGGGCCGUCAGCAUUUCCGAGUCCUGACACUGAAACGGUGUCGUAUAGGUUUGCAUUUGCAUUCCCGUUGCGGGCAUCAUGGCUGAUCUUCAAGUCAGUUCGCCGCGAAUGACCGGUGCCGUAAUUGCGGAGGAUCGCCUGUGCUCGUCCCCACCAUCGUCGCCGCUUCCGCCGUCAAACCCGGAUCCUUCGUCGGUUGGGGCGGAAGCUUGGUCGAGAGCCGAGAAAACGACCCGUGACAUAUUGUGCAGGAUACAGCCCACUUUGGGCGCCGACCAGAGAAGGAAGGAGGUCGUUGAUUAUGUACAGAGAUUGAUUAAAUUUGGUGUUGGGUGCGAGGUCUUCCCAUAUGGAUCGGUUCCAUUAAAAACAUAUCUUCCAGAUGGCGAUAUUGAUUUGACUGCACUUAGUGGUCAGAAUAUUGAGGAUGCAUUAGUAUCUGAUAUUCAUACCGUCCUAAGGGGGCAGGAAAUCAAUGAAGCUGCUGAAUAUGAAGUAAAGGAUGUUCGCUUCAUUGAUGCUGAGGUUAAGCUUGUCAAAUGCAUCGUGCAGAAUAUUGUGGUAGAUAUUUCUUUCAAUCAGUUGGGAGGACUCUGUACAUUAUGUUUUCUUGAAAAGGUUGAUCGUCUUGUUGGAAAGGAUCAUCUUUUCAAGCGUAGUAUUAUCUUGAUAAAAGCUUGGUGCUACUAUGAGAGUCGUAUCCUUGGUGCCCACCAUGGUCUGAUUUCAACAUAUGCUUUGGAAGCGCUAGUUCUUUAUAUUUUCCAUCAAUUUCAUUUAUCCCUAGAUGGUCCACUAGCAGUUCUAUAUAGAUUUUUGGAUUACUUCAGCAAAUUUGACUGGGACAAUUAUUGCGUUAGUUUGAGGGGGCCAGUUAAGAAGUCUUCACUGCCGGAUAUAGUAGCUGAGGCGCCAGAAAAUGGGAGUUCUCUACUUCUAACAGAAGAAUUUAUCAGAGAUUGCGUGGAAUCGUUUUCAGUUCCUUCUAGGGGGCUUGAGCAAAGCAUGCGUGCAUUUCCCCAGAAACACCUUAACAUCAUUGAUCCAUUAAAGGAAAACAACAACCUUGGGCGCAGUGUUAAUAGAGGUAACUUCUAUAGGAUACGCAGUGCCUUCAAGUAUGGAGCCCGUAAACUUGGCUGGAUUCUUAUGUUACCCAAGGAUAAAAUAGAAGAUGAGCUGAAUAAGUUCUUUGCAAACACUUUGGAUAGGCAUGGAAACACACAAUGGGAUGACAUCCUAUUGCCAAGUUUGGCUUAUGGUGCAAGAGCUUUUGACUUUUCAUCCUCCUCUGACUCUAGAUCUUUCCCAGAGGACAUGGCACUUCUCAAUUUGUCAGGUGGACUUAACAAAGAUACUAUGAUGGAAGGUCGACAUAACUCUGAAGUCAGAGAUGAAGUAGAGCGAAAUCUAGUAGAAGAUAUCUCCGCCCAUGCAGGGCCAUCAUACAAUUCCAGUCUAGAUAAAAAUGUAGUUUCAGGGUAUUUUCCUGUUGAAGAUUUUAAUAGUGUUGCUACUUCUGGAGUCUUGGGUAUGGUGAGUAAUGGUUCGUCAUAUUCAAAUGUGAGGACUCUCUUGAGUAAUUCAGGGUCAGGAAAGCAUUUAAUUCACUCCAAUCUUGGCUUGCUAAGAGAAAAUGGGAAUGUUGAAAAUGGGAUUUCUUGUACCGAAUCAGCUGUGAAUUCUUUUCUUGAUGAUGAGAAAGUGAAGCCUGGUAUGGUGAGCAGUUCAGUCUGUUCAACUAAUAAUGAGAAGAACGUUUCAUCAUAUGGUUCAGCAGUUUUGAAUAAUGCAGCUGAUAACUUAGAUGGUGUUUCCUCUUCUGAUGGUGAUAGAUGCGCUGAAAGUGUUUCUGGAGGCUCUGAAGCUUCGAAAGCUUUGUUGGACCUGACUGGAGAUUAUGACAGUAACAUUAGGAACCUACAAUAUGGUCAGCUUUGUCACGGUUUUGCUGCCCCUCCUCUUGUGGUGCCUAGUCCCCCCAUGUCUCCUAGGUUACCGAAUAGGAAUCUAUGGGAAACUGUUCGUCAGGGUUUACAGAUUAACCACAACAUUCAUCCUCAGGCAAACUCUAAUGGUAUUGUUGUGGGACCACAACUUUAUGUUGUAAAUCAACCUACUCUCCCCAUUGCCUCGUUUGGUCCUGAAGAGAAGAGAAAACCACGAGGAACUGGAGCAUACUUCCCCAAUAUGGUAUCUGUAGAAAGUUAUUUAGAUGCUUCCCGCCCAUACAAGGAUAGGGCAACACCUGGAAGGGGAAGGGGCCAAGUUCCUGGGGCUCAUGGACAACUGCAGAGACACACACGUAAAUAUGGUAUGGCUCCAGCUCUGCAAGAAGUGAACGUGUCUGUGGAUGGUAUCUUUGAGCCUGCAUUAGAAGGGUAUCCACUUAUUGGCAAUAUUAGACCCAGGUUGUCUGAUACAUAUUUCUCUCAACCUUCCACACGGGGAUCUCAAUACGCUAACGGUUUCCUUCAUCCAUCUGAGAAACAUGAGGCUGACACUGUUAGCCCUCAGCUGCGGGGACCAUCAAGAACUGAUAUAAGCAGUCAUCCAGAACCUGGCAUUUCUAGUUCUGGAGGCUCUGUGCCUAGCUCAGGUGUCAUGGCAGAGGAGAGUCCUAAUUCAAUAGCUGGAGUCGAUCACAAAAGAAGCAAUAUUUAUGGAGUCCAUGGCCAACCAAAUAGGUUUCCACGAGAAACAUAACUAGUUUCCACAAUGUAGCUCACAUGGGGUUUCAGUGUAACCUUUUAUCCCCCCACCCCCCAAAAAAACGUUAGAUUAGUAGCUGGAAGAUGACCUGGGUGAUCCAUCUCCACCCCAACCUGAUUUUAUUCAGAUUAGAGGUGCCAAAUUGGAGCAGGUAGAAAAUAGGUUUGCACAGGCUAGGCUUUUGCGAGGCUAUCUGUCCCAGUUUUUUUGUUUUUGUAUUUUUUUUUUAAAUUUAACUGGCUCCAUAGUUGGUGUGUAUGUAAAUUAUAUUUAAUUCGCUUCUACGUAGUUUAGGCACGACCGAAUUCAAGUGACUAUUGUAAUUGUUGUAAGGAUAAUAUAUCGUGUACAUAGUAUGUUUCUGAUGAGAAAAAGACAAAAAUAGCAAGAGGAAUUUGCCCAUGCAAUGUAUGCAGUGUGAUUGCAAUGUCAAGAUUGAGAAUGAUUAGCUUGAUUUUGUAUAUUAA